AAUGUUUAAAUAUUCCAUCAUUAUUUUUUCAAUUUUUGGACUUGUAGCUUAUGGAAAGUUGAUUGAAAUUGAUAGACCCUCUUGCACUUCUUCUAAAGAUUGCAAUAAUAAUGGAGAUUGCAAAGCAGGUGUUUGCAACUGUAAAUUUGAUUUUUCUGGACCAAAUUGUGAAAAUACUGGAGAAGCUUGUAACCCGAAUCCAUGUGAAAGAGGUGUUUGCUUUAAUGGAAACUGCCUUUGUGAAAGACCAUACUCUGGAGAGAAAUGCCAAUAUGGCCCAUGUAAUAUAAAGGGUCGUGGUUCACCUUGUGAAAACCAAGGUUUUUGUCAAGAGGAUGGUGAGAAUUUUACUUGUUAUUGCAGAACUGGAACAAGAGGUAAACGUUGCGAAGUGGUUGUCUUUGAUCCAUGUACUCACAAUCCUUGUGACAAUGGCGGAACUUGUAUAUUUGAUGGAAAUUUUUUCACAUGCAUUUGUCCUGAUGGUAUCUCUGGUCAAAUUUGUCAACUUCGUGAUAAAAAAAUAUGCGAUUCAAGUCCGUGUUUGAAUGGUGGUAGCUGUACUGAGAAUAUUGAAGGGCAUAUUUGCUCGUGUAGGAAAGGAUUUCGAGGACGAAAUUGUCAAAUAAAAGCAGACGGCUGUGAAAGACGUCCCUGUUUUAAUGGUGGGCAUUGUGUUGAAGCUACGAAUAAAUUAGGCUACAUUUGCAUGUGUUUUCAGCCUUCUCGGGGAGUAAACUGCGAAGACCUUCCUGAAAAAAAUGGUUAG